AGGGCCGCAGCCAUGAGCGAGAUGUCCAGCUUCCUCCACAUCGGGGACAUCGUCUCCCUGUACGCCGAGGGCUCAGUCAAUGGCUUCAUCAGCACUUUGGGGUUGGUGGAUGACCGCUGUGUGGUGGAGCCUGCGGCUGGGGACCUGGACAACCCCCCUAAGAAGUUCCGAGACUGCCUCUUCAAGGUAUGCCCCAUGAACCGCUACUCAGCACAGAAGCAGUACUGGAAGGCCAAGCAGAGCAAGCAGGACAAGGAGAAGAUUGCAGAUGUGGUGCUGCUGCAGAAGCUUCAGCAUGCGGCACAGAUGGAGCAGAAGCAGAAUGAUACAGAGAACAAGAAAGUGCACGGAGACGUGGUGAAGUACGGCAGCGUGAUCCAGCUGCUGCACAUGAAGAGCAACAAAUACCUGACGGUGAACAAGCGGUUGCCAGCACUGCUAGAGAAGAACGCCAUGCGGGUGACACUGGACGCCACGGGCAACGAGGGCUCUUGGCUCUUCAUCCAGCCUUUCUGGAAGCUUCGGAGCAAUGGAGAUAAUGUGGUCGUCGGUGACAAGGUGAUCCUGAACCCUGUCAACGCUGGCCAGCCUCUGCACGCCAGUAAUUACGAGCUCAACGACAACGCCGGCUGCAAGGAGGUCAACUCGGUGAAUUGCAGCACCAGCUGGAAGAUCAACCUGUUCAUGCAGUUCCGGGACCACCUGGAGGAAGUGUUGAAAGGGGGGGACGUGGUGCGGCUGUUCCAUGCGGAGCAGGAGAAGUUCCUGACGUGUGACGAGUACAGAGGGAAACUGCAGGUCUUUCUACGCACCACGCUGCGCCAGUCGGCCACCUCAGCCACCAGCUCCAACGCCCUUUGGGAGGUGGAGGUGGUCCACCAUGACCCCUGCCGGGGAGGUGCUGGUCACUGGAACGGCCUGUACCGCUUCAAGCACCUGGCUACGGGCAACUACCUGGCUGCUGAGGAGAACCCCAGCUACAAAGGGGAGGCCUCUGAGCCCAAAGCAGCAGGAGCGAGUGCCCAGGGCCGCACAGGGCGCCGCAACGCUGGGGAGAAGAUCAAGUACAGGCUGGUGGCAGUUCCCCAUGGCAACGACAUCGCGUCCCUCUUUGAGCUGGACCCCACCACACUGCAGAAGACUGACUCCUUCGUGCCCCGGAACUCCUACGUACGGCUGCGCCACCUCUGCACCAACACGUGGAUCCAGAGCACCAACGUGCCCAUUGAUGUGGAUGAGGAGCGGCCUAUCCGGCUCAUGCUCGGCACUUGCUCCACCAAGGAGGACAAAGAGGCCUUCGCCAUUGUGUCGGUGCCUGUUUCGGAGAUCCGAGACCUGGAUUUUGCCAACGAUGCCAGUUCCAUGCUGGCCAGUGCCGUGGAGAAGCUCAAUGAAGGCUUCAUCAGCCAGAAUGAUCGCAGGUUUGUCAUUCAGCUGCUGGAGGACCUGGUAUUCUUCGUCAGUGACGUCCCCAACAAUGGACAGAAUGUGCUGGACAUUAUGGUCACCAAGCCCAACCGCGAGCGGCAGAAGCUCAUGCGGGAACAAAACAUCCUCAAGCAGAUCUUUGGCAUUCUGAAGGCUCCUUUUCGGGACAAGGGGGGCGAGGGCCCCCUGGUGAGGCUGGAGGAGCUGUCCGACCAGAAGAACGCCCCCUACCAGCACAUGUUCCGCCUGUGCUAUCGCGUGCUCCGCCACUCCCAGGAGGAUUACCGCAAGAACCAGGAGCACAUCGCCAAGCAGUUUGGGAUGAUGCAAUCCCAGAUUGGCUAUGACAUCUUGGCCGAAGACACCAUCACUGCCCUCCUGCACAACAACCGCAAGCUCCUGGAGAAGCACAUCACCAAGACAGAGGUGGAGACUUUUGUCAGCCUGGUGCGGAAGAACCGGGAGCCCAGGUUCCUGGACUACCUCUCGGACCUGUGUGUGUCCAACCACAUUGCCAUCCCCGUCACGCAGGAGCUCAUCUGCAAGUGUGUGCUAGACCCCAAGAACAGUGACAUUCUCAUCCAGACCGAGCUUCGGCCCCUGAAGGAGAUGGCUCAGUCCCACGAGUACCUGAGCAUCGAAUACUCAGAGGAGGAGGUUUGGCUUACUUGGACCGACAAGAAUAACGAACAUCAUGAGAAAAGCGUGCGACAGCUGGCACAGGAGGCGCGGGCCGGCAAUGCCCAUGAUGAGAAUGUACUCAGCUACUACAGGUACCAGCUGAAGCUCUUUGCCCGCAUGUGCCUGGACCGGCAGUACCUGGCCAUUCACGAGAUCUCCAAGCAACUAGGCAUUGAGCUCAUCUUUCUGUGCAUGGCUGACGAGAUGCUGCCCUUUGACCUGCGCGCCUCCUUCUGCCACCUGAUGCUGCAUGUGCACGUGGACCGAGACCCCCAGGAGCUGGUCACUCCCGUGAAGUUUGCCCGCCUCUGGACUGAGAUUCCCACGGCCAUCACCAUCAAGGACUAUGAUUCCAACCUCAACGCCUCGCGGGAUGAUAAGAAGAACAAGUUUGCCAGCACCAUGGAGUUCGUAGAGGACUACCUCAACAAUGUGGUCAGUGAGGCCGUGCCCUUUGCCAACGAGGAGAAGAACAAGCUCACCUUUGAGGUGGUCAGCCUGGCACACAACCUCAUCUACUUCGGCUUCUACAGCUUCAGCGAGCUGCUGCGGCUCACCCGCACCCUGCUGGGCAUCAUCGACUGUGUGCAGGGCCCCGCAGCCAUGCUGCAGACCUACGACGACCCUGGAAGCAAGAACGUGCGGCGCUCCAUCCAGGGCGUGGGCCACAUGAUGUCCACCAUGGUGCUGAGCCGCAAGCAGUCCGUCUUCGGUGGCCCCAGCCUGCCUGCCGGUGCUGGCACGGCUGAGCCCCUGGACAGGAGCAAGUUUGGGGAGAACGAAGACAUCGUGGUGAUGGAGACCAAGUUGAAGAUUCUAGAGAUCUUGCAGUUCAUCCUCAACGUGCGCCUGGAUUACCGCAUCUCCUAUCUGCUGUCCGUCUUCAAGAAAGAGUUUGUGGAGGUGUUUCCUAUGCAGGACAGUGGGGCUGAUGGUACCGCGCCCGCCUUCGACUCCACCACUGCCAACAUGAACCUGGACCGCAUUGGGGAGCAGGCGGAGGCCAUGUUCGGAGUGGGGAAGACCAGCAGCAUGCUGGAGGUGGACGACGAGGGCGGACGCAUGUUCCUACGUGUUCUCAUUCACCUCACCAUGCACAACUACGCGCCGCUCGUCUCCGGGGCCCUGCAGCUGCUCUUCAAGCACUUUAGUCAGCGCCAGGAGGCCAUGCACACCUUCAAGCAGGUGCAGCUGCUGAUCUCGGCCCAGGACGUGGAGAACUACAAAGUGAUCAAGUCCGAGCUGGACCGGCUGCGGACCAUGGUGGAGAAGUCAGAGCUGUGGGUGGACAAGAAGAGCAGCGGCAAGGGUGAGGAGGUGGAGGCUGGCACUGCCACGGAUAAGAAGGAGAGGCCCACGGAUGAGGAAGGCUUCCAGCCACCUCCUGGGGAGAAGAGCAGCGAGAACUACCAGAUCGUCAAGGGCAUCCUGGAGCGACUGAACAGGAUGUGUGGAGUCGGCGAGCAGAUGCGGAAGAAGCAGCAGCGGCUGCUCAAGAACAUGGAUGCCCACAAGGUCAUGCUGGACCUGCUGCAGAUCCCCUAUGACAAGGGCGAUGCCAAGAUGAUGGAGAUCCUGCGCUACACGCACCAGUUCCUGCAGAAAUUCUGUGCAGGGAACCCCGGCAACCAGGCGCUGCUGCACAAACACCUUCACCUCUUCCUCACGCCGGGGCUCCUGGAGGCAGAGACCAUGCAGCACAUCUUCCUGAACAACUACCAGCUGUGCUCAGACAUCAGCGAGGCAGUGCUGCAGCACUUCGUGCACCUGCUGGCCACACACGGGCGCCAUGUACAGUACCUGGAUUUCCUGCACACCGUCAUCAAGGCCGAGGGCAAGUACGUGAAGAAGUGCCAGGACAUGGUCAUGACUGAGCUGACCAAUGCCGGCGACGACGUGGUCGUCUUCUACAAUGACAAAGCCUCGCUGGCACAUCUGCUGGACAUGAUGAAGGCUGCUCGGGACGGCGUGGAGGACCACAGCCCCCUCAUGUAUCACAUCUCCCUGGUGGACCUGCUGGCUGCCUGUGCCGAGGGCAAGAAUGUGUACACAGAGAUCAAGUGCACGUCCCUGCUGCCCCUCGAGGACGUGGUGUCCGUGGUGACCCACGAGGACUGCAUCACUGAGGUGAAGAUGGCCUACGUGAACUUCGUCAACCACUGCUACGUGGACACGGAGGUGGAGAUGAAGGAGAUCUAUACCAGCAACCACAUCUGGACACUCUUUGAGAACUUUACCCUGGACAUGGCGCGGGUUUGCAUCAAGCGUGAAAAACGUGUGGCUGACACUACACUGGAGAAGUACGUGCUGACGGUGGUUCUGGACACCAUCAAUGCCUUCUUCAGUUCCCCCUUCUCUGAGAAUAGCACCUCUCUGCAGACACACCAGACGAUCGUGGUGCAGCUUCUGCAGUCCACCACACGGCUGCUCGAGUGUCCAUGGCUGCAGCAGCAGCACAAGGGCUCCGUGGAGGCAUGUAUUCGGACCCUCGCCAUGGUGGCCAAGGGCCGGGCCAUCUCGCUGCCCAUGGACCUGGACGCCCAUAUCAGUGUACUGCUAAGCAGUGGAGCCAGCUGCAUGGUGGCCGCCCAGCGCAACGCCGCCAACUACAAGGCCACCACGCGCACCUUCCCCCGCGUCACCCCCAUGGCCAACCAAUGGGACUACAAGAAUAUCAUUGAGAAACUGCAGGACAUCAUCAAUGCCCUGGAGGAGCGGCUGAAGCCCCUGGUGCAAGCCGAGCUGUCGGUGCUGGUGGAUGUGCUACACUGGCCUGAGCUGCUCUUCCUAGAGGGCAGUGACGCCUAUGUUCGCUGUGAGAGUGGGGGCUUCCUGUCCAAGCUGAUCCAGCACACCAAGGACCUCAUGGAGUCAGAGGAGAAGCUGUGCGUUAAGGUGCUGCGGACCCUGCAGCAGAUGCUGCUCAAGAAGAGCAAGUACGGGGAUAGGGGCAACCAGCUGCGCAAGAUGUUGCUCCAGAACUACCUGCAGAACCGCAAGUCCAGCUCUCGGGGGGACCUUCCCGACCCCGUGGGCACUGGGCUGGACCAAGACUGGUCGGCGAUUGCGGCCACCCAGUGCCGGCUGGACAAAGAGGGGGCCACCAAGCUGGUGUGUGACCUCAUCACCAGCACAAAGAACGAGAAGAUCUUCCAGGAGAGUAUUGGCCUGGCCAUCCGCCUGCUGGACGGUGGCAACACUGAGAUCCAGAAAUCCUUCUACAACUUGAUGACGAGCGAUAAGAAAUCAGAGCGGUUCUUUAAGGUGCUGCAUGACCGCAUGAAGCGGGCGCAGCAGGAGACCAAGUCCACGGUGGCUGUCAACAUGAGUGAUCUGGGCAGUCAGCCCCGCGAGGAGCGGGACCAGGCCAAUGCCACCAAAGGCCGGGUGGCCUCCUUCUCCAUGCCUGGCUCCCCGACCCGCUUCUCACUGGGUCCCGGCCUGCACCCUGGCCACGAAGUAAGCGAGCGCACACAGAGCAACGAGAUGGGCACGUCAGUGCUGAUCAUGCAGCCGAUCCUCCGCUUCCUUCAGCUGUUGUGUGAGAACCACAACCGCGACCUACAGAACUUCCUGCGCUGCCAGAACAACAAGACCAACUACAACUUGGUGUGCGAGACGCUGCAGUUCCUGGACAUCAUGUGCGGCAGUACCACAGGGGGCUUGGGGCUGCUGGGACUCUACAUCAAUGAGGACAAUGUGGGCCUGGUCAUCCAGACCCUGGAGACCCUCACUGAGUACUGCCAGGGGCCCUGCCACGAGAACCAGACCUGCAUCGUGACACACGAGUCCAACGGCAUCGACAUUAUCACUGCUCUGAUUCUCAACGACAUCAGCCCCUUGUGCAAGUACCGCAUAGACCUGGUGCUGCAGCUCAAGGACAACGCCUCCAAGCUGCUCCUGGCUCUGAUGGAAAGCCGGCAUGACAGUGAGAAUGCUGAGCGCAUCCUCAUCAGCCUGAGGCCCCAGGAGCUGGUGGACGUCAUCAAGAAGGCCUACCUGCAGGAGGAGGAGCGUGAGAACUCGGAGGUGAGCCCACGAGAAGUGGGCCACAAUAUUUACAUCCUGGCACUGCAGCUUUCCAGACACAACAAACAGCUGCAGCACCUGCUGAAGCCCGUGAAGCGCAUCCAAGAGGAGGAGGCUGAGAGCAUCUCUUCCAUGCUUAGCCUCAACAACAAGCAGCUGACGCAGAUGCUCAAGUCCUCCAAGCCGGCCCAGGAGGAGGAGGAGGACCCCUUGGCCUACUAUGAGAACCACACGUCCCAGAUCGAGAUCGUGCGGCAGGACCGCAGCAUGGAGCAGAUCGUGUUCCCGGUGCCCGGCAUCUGCCAGUUUCUGACGGAGGAGACCAAGCACCGGCUCUUCACCACCACGGAGCAGGACGAGCAGGGCAGCAAAGUGAGCGACUUCUUCGACCAGUCAUCCUUCCUGCACAACGAGAUGGAGUGGCAGCGCAAGCUCCGAAGUAUGCCUCUGAUCUACUGGUUCUCCCGCCGCAUGACGCUGUGGGGCAGCAUCUCCUUCAACCUGGCUGUGUUCAUCAACAUCAUCAUCGCCUUCUUCUACCCCUAUGUGGAGGGUGCGUCUACAGGCGUGCUGGGCUCCCCCCUCAUCUCCCUGCUCUUCUGGAUCCUCAUCUGCUUCUCCAUCACGGCGCUGUUCACCAGGCGCUACAGCAUCCGCCCUCUCAUCGUGGCACUCAUUCUGCGCUCCAUCUACUACCUGGGCAUCGGGCCCACACUCCACAUCCUGGGUGCCCUCAAUCUGACCAACAAGAUCGUGUUCGUGGUGAGCUUUGUGGGCAAUCGUGGCACCUUCAUCCGGGGCUACAAGGCCAUGGUCAUGGACAUGGAGUUCCUAUACCACGUGGGCUACAUCCUGACCAGUGUCCUGGGCCUCUUUGCUCAUGAGCUGUUCUACAGCAUCCUGCUCUUUGACCUCAUCUACCGGGAGGAGACGCUGUUCAACGUCAUCAAAAGCGUGACUCGCAACGGCCGCUCCAUCCUGCUGACGGCGCUGCUGGCCCUCAUCCUUGUCUACCUCUUCUCCAUUGUCGGCUUCCUCUUCCUCAAGGAUGACUUCAUCCUUGAAGUGGACCGGCUGCCCAGCAACCACUCCCGAGCCAACCCUCUGGGGAUGACACCAGAGGCUGCGGCCUUCAUGGGCACGUGUGGCAGUGACAACGUGAACUGUGACUCAGAGGUCUCGGUGCCUAAGAUCCUGGAAGAGGACGAGGAGCUGGAAGACACGGAGCGGGCCUGUGACACACUGCUCAUGUGUAUCGUCACCGUCAUGAACCAUGGACUUCGGAAUGGCGGUGGCGUGGGUGACAUCCUCCGCAAGCCCUCCAAAGAUGAGUCCCUCUUUCCGGCCCGCGUGGUCUACGACCUCCUGUUCUUCUUCAUCGUCAUCAUCAUCGUGCUGAACCUCAUCUUCGGGGUGAUCAUCGACACCUUUGCUGACCUGCGGAGCGAGAAGCAGAAGAAGGAGGAGAUUCUGAAGACCACAUGCUUCAUCUGCGGUCUGGAGCGGGAUAAGUUUGAUAACAAGACAGUGUCAUUUGAGGAACACAUCAAGUUCGAGCACAACAUGUGGAACUAUCUGUACUUCAUCGUGCUGGUCCGGGUGAAAAACAAGACAGAUUACACGGGGCCUGAGAGCUACGUGGCCCAGAUGAUCAAGAACAAGAACCUGGACUGGUUCCCGCGGAUGAGGGCCAUGUCCCUGGUGAGCAACGAGGGCGAGGGGGAGCAGAAUGAGAUCCGGAUUCUCCAGGAGAAGCUCAACUGCACCAUGAAACUUGUGUCCCACCUCACGGCCCAGCUCAACGAGCUCAAGGAGCAGAUGACGGAGCAGCGGAAACGCCGGCAGCGCCUGGGCUUCGUGGACGUCCAGAACUGCAUGAGCCGCUGA